AUGAUCCAGCAGCUUCAAGGCUACAUUUGCAUACCAGCAGCUUCGCCAGUAUGCAUCACGUGCAACAAUGAACAGCAUUUACGAGGCACUGCAUCGCUCUCCACCGCACCGCACUCCACCUUCCACGCCAAAGAAGACAUGUACCGUCCAAAUGAUUUACCUUCGCUCCACAAAGACAGAAGAGAAGGGGGUAAGCAGACGGCUAGUAACAACAAUCUAACCGAUCCAUUUUCCCCUCUGCAUCCUCAAUGA